AGCCGCCCGCACUGCGCCACCGAAAGCUCACCAUGGCUCUCGUCGGGGUUCUGUUGGCAGCCCUGGCCGUGGGCCUGCUGCUCUACAUGAUGCUCGUCGCAUUCUCCAGGCCUGACAACUUCCCGCCAGGGCCGCCCCCCAUGCCGAUAUGGGGCAACUACGUACAGAUGCUGCUGGUCAACUACAAGCACCCGUACAAGAUGCUGGACCUGAUGACGCGCAUCUACAAGAGCAAAGUGAUCGGCUUCUUCCUUGGGGAAUCGCCUACCAUCGUGGCCUGUGACUACCAGUCUGUGAAGGAGGUGCUCAGCAACCCGCAUCUGCAGGGGCGCCCUGUCAACAUCGCUCUCAAGCACCGCAUGCUCAACAAGGAGCUCGGCAUCUUCUUCACGGAGGGCCCCCACUGGCUGGAGCAGAAGCGCUUCUCGCUGAGGAACAUGCGGGACUUCGGGUUCGGCCGCCGCUCUGAGAAGCUGGAGGCGGAGAUCGCGGCGGAGCUGCGAGACCUGGUGGAGCUGAUCCGCGGGGGCCGCGAGGACCAGGUGGUGGUGCGGCCGUCGUCAGGAGCGCGUAGCGUGCUGCUCCCUGACGUCCUUUUGCCAGUCUUCGUGAACGCGCUGUUGUCCGUGUACACGGGUGCGCGGUUGCCGCGCUCUGCAGAUGCUACGGUGCGCCAUCUGGGGCAUGCAGCAAUGCAGUUCCAGAGGUCCAGCGAUGCCACAGGAGGCUUCCUCACACUGCAUUCCUGGCUGGCGUGGCUGGCACCGCGACUCUCCGGCUACAAGGACAACAUCGAGGGCUCCGAGAAGAUGCGCCUCUUCCUGGAGCAACAUAUCGAAGAGCACAAGCAGACUUAUUCCGAUGACUACAUGCGGGACUUCAUUGACUCCUACCUGCGGGAAAUUGGGGAGCGGGGGAAAACUGGAGAACCGACAAUGUUUACCUCGGAGCAGCUGUCCCUGAUUCUGCUGGACUUCUUCUUCCCGACUGCCUCCUCAUUGCCGGCCACUCUGACGUGGGCCCUCCUCUUCACAUCUCACCACCUGGCGGUGCAGAAGAAGGUACAGGAUGAGUUGGAUGCAGUCGUGGGCCGCGGGAGGCUCCCCACACUGGACGACCGGCCAAACCUACCCUACACGGAAGCAACACUACGGGAGGCAAUGAGGAUCCGAACCCUCACUCCUCUCUCCGUCUUCCAUAAGGCCAUGGAAGACACUACCCUCCAAGGUUACAGUGUGCCCAGAGGCGCCAUUGUGAUAACGUGCUUAUAUAGCAUGCACAUGGAUGGAGAUCUAUGGGGUGACCCAAACAUCUUCAGGCCGGAGAGGUUUUUGGACAAUGAUGGAAAACUCAUGAAGAAAGACUUUACUCUGCCAUUUGGAGCCGGUAAGCGUCUGUGUGCUGGAGAGACUUUUUCGAGGCAGAACCUGUUCCUCACAUUCUCAACACUUCUGCAGAACUUUUCAAUCAAGUCAGAUGGAGUGCCUCCAGCAGACAGCAGCGUUCCUGGUGUCAUCGAGACAGCUCCUACAUUCUGGGCACAGUUUGUGCCUCGCUAACAAGAUGUGUCGCUUUCUCAGGUGACUACUAUGGUUCCCAAGGAGAUACUCAGGAUUCUGCAGGAUCUACCAAUGCAGCAGAAUACACGCAUGUCAUUGCUUUCUUUAUGUACUGGAUACAGACACUUAGAUGACCAUGUGUGUAGGUGUUGAACACAAUACUGUUGCCGAGGACAAAGUUACUGCAAAAUUAAUACAAAAUUGUGCCAGUAAUUUCUUGAACACUGCCAGGUCAACAGUUUUAUGGAUUUGUUUAGUGUUAUUAGUGAAUAAAACUAUUUUGACAGGACAAACUGCGCAAACCAGCAUGUAACAGUUUUCAUCAAAAGACCAAAACUCUCAAAUUGGUGAAGAACUAUCUUAUAUGUGUUUCUAACAGAUGGAGACUUCCAGUAUUUGUGAAUAAAGAUUUGAAGCACCUAAGUUUAUGUUCAGUGUAAUUGGCAUUACGUAAGUCAUCCACACAUCACUGCUGUGAGAGCAGGUGCUUCGCAAAAUAUUUGCUACUGAUUUCCUGAUUUUUGUGGAUAGUCAUUUUUAUCUAUAAUCAAUGCACUGAAUUCAAAGUGUAACCUUUAGUUUGGAAGUGACAACACAUAUGGUAUUGGUACAUAAGUGUUUACAAAAAAAUAAAGGUUAUAUGGGCAGUAAAAAAUGUUUUUACAUUGCAUAGUUCCUUGCUUUUUUAAAAGUGCACUUUACAUUUAUGGGGCAAAAUGUAAAAUUUGUGGCAGCUUAUGAAGGACGGACAUCUGCUCUUGUUUUCUGUUUCUGAGGGAUAUAAGAAGCUGUCACAACUGUUGUAUGCUCUGCCAGCUACGAAUCUCUUAUGACAUUGUCUAGAGAUAGCGGUGCCACACCGAAGUCAGCACUACACAUUAAUACCACAGAUGUUAGUGAGGUCUUGCUUCAAUUCGCAACGAUGAAUGGGAGGUGCUCCUGAAGACCAUGUCUGUCUCAGUAUUGCAGUACCCUCACACGGAGGUCAACAUAGAGCCGAGCAUGGAAGUGCUCUGCAUCAGUUCGUAAUCUCAUCUGAAGCAGUCAGCAUCACCGAGUACGACUAAAGACUUACUCAAGUCCCAGAUGAAAAUGUACUUUUGUAAAUGUUGAACACUGUACUUCAAGAGACCAGUUUGUUAAUUAUGGCAUCAACUGAUCCUUUAAUAGUCAGUGACAAUUGUAAAUUAUCAAGCACUCCUGUGGCAAAGGAUUUUAUCUGUUUAACUAGAUGCCACUUUGGUGACUUGCAUCCCCACUACCCCAGUAAUCCUACUGGGGAAAGAGGACCUACAGUUUAAUGUGGACCCUUAACCACAUGUGGUUCCAGGCAGAUCUUCAGAUCAAUGAGAGAUUAACACUAGGUUAAAGGCAGGCUGAAAACAAACAAUAAUACCAACCAAAAUAAAAACUUGUACCAACACAUUAUGUCAUACAUAUGAAAACAUGCACCUGUUCUUCAAUUGAAAGACAUAAUUUUUAAUAUAAAAUUAAUUUGCAACACAUUUAGUCAUUUAUAGAUGAUAGUACAGAAAUCUUCAUACCUCUGGCUCUCAUGGGAAAAAAUCCCAAAUUUAAUUCCACAAAAUUUCUGUACCCUGAGACUGGUAUAUAGGGAAAUGCUAGCUGGGAAAAUUCUGUGCUACAAAUGUGAGUAAUAUAUUGUGAAACAAACUUGAGUGCAAAGCACUUUGAGGCUGCCUUAUCAAUUAAAAUUUAAUACUCGAAAAAUCCUGUAAUUCUUGAUACAGGCAGCAAAAUUCUCUAACUUGUAACUGAAGUAGCGUGUGUUCAUACUCAUCAGUGUGUCAGAAAAUUACACAGUGGUGGGAAAAGGGAAUCAGACAUAAUAAGCUGCAAAUAUGAAGUCAGAAAGAGGAGGUUAUAUGUAUAAAACCCUAUGUAUAUUGUGUACAAGCAUGAAAUUCUCUCUCAUAAAGAUAAUACUUCACAAGUAAAAUAAAUAAAUGCUGUUUUGUCAAAAAUAGUAAUUGUUCUUAAUAAAUGGCUUUAUUAACAGUGGU